CACGUAUUUUAGACUCUAUUGGUUCUUAUCAACGUCACACAUACAGCUGUUCAUACUUAUUCUCCUCUCCGAGCACCACACCACUCUUUCGUCUUUUUUAAACUUUAAACCAAUGCCUACUGAGUUUGACCUGCGAAGGAAGAAUGCUCAAUUUGCUAACGCAGUUCGGUCGGGCAAGAAAGCAGUGAAGCCCUCACACCAGGAGAUGUUGGCGAAAAGAAGUCCUAUCAACCUCUGGGCUUUGGGCGUCAUACUGUUUGUUGUUAUAGGCGGUGUGUUAUUUGAGCUCGCCAGAAUGCUAUUCCUGUAAUUCCGCAGCCAGGAUUUUUCGAAGGGCACACGUUACAAAUAUUGUAUUCAUCAUGAUCAGCUUUGGAUUCCAUCAUCAU